GGCCGCCCUCUCUCACGUGACCCUCGCCCGCUAGCGGCAGAGCGCGAGGCGGUGUGCGUGCGGAGGUGGGAGGGGGUAGAGGGAAACGGAGCGAGGAGCGUUUAUAAAGCCGGCCGUGGUCGCGCGGAGGAGGAGGAGAAGAAGACGAGAUGAGGCCGGCGCUGGCGUUGCUGUUCCUGCUGGCUGCGGGGCUGGGCGGCUCUGGCGCUCAGCCGGACGGGUUGCCGCCCGGGAAGAAGCUGCGCAUGGCCUACGCGACGGGGCCGCUGCUCAAGUUCCAGAUCUGGUGAGAGGCCUUCUGCUCCUUCCUUCUCCUCCUCAGACCUUCCUCCGUCCGGGUUGGGAGGGCGAAGCCCACAGCCGACCGCGCGCCGUCCCUCUGGCCUCCCUUCCCCGCCGAAGCCUCGCCCUGCGGAGGCCGGAAAGGGAAGGGAGGCGAAGGGCGAGCGAGGAGGGGGCGAAGGGAAGGCUGACAACGCGGGGCGUGUGGGGGGGAGAGAGAGAGAGAAUUAGGGGAGCCCCUGGGGAGAUGUUGGGGGCGAAGGGCGGCAGGUCCGCACAUGAAGGUGUGGAGAAGCCCUCGGGGAAAGUAGAGGACAGGCUACGUCGGAAUUCAGAUAAGAGUUGUUUUCCCAGGGCAGGAAACGUCUCUGUCUCUUACUUAUUGAAUUUAUUUAUUGAAUUUAUGUACCGCCCUAUACCCGGAGGUCUCAGGGCGGUUCUUAUCUAUCUCUCUUCUCUCACCCCCCCCCCCCCCCCGAUUUCAGUCGCUUUAGCCUUUAGACUCACCUUUAACCUCAAAUAAACAUGCAUCUGGGGAUCCCAUUUCUUAUUAUCAUCUCUCCCCCCCCCAAUCUACCCCAAAUAUCUGUAUGGCGGUAGUGCAGCUGUUUUGGCCCAUCUAGGAUCAGGCCAUGGCCCACCAGUUGAAGACGACUGGCUUAGGAUGCUGUGGCCCUUGUUGGAAGACAUUAGGGUUGCUACGAUAAUGUUGGCUUUCUGAUAGGCAGGAGGCAUGAAGCUGAAAUGAGAGGAGGGAGGGUUGGGCAAUGCUGUCCUUUCGGUGCUGUGCUUAGCUCACCUUGAAUAUAUACCGUAUAUUGUGAAAUAUAGGGCUUGAGGUGGAUAGGUGUUCAAUAGGAUGGGGAAAGACAAGGAGGCCCUGAGCAAUUAUUAGAUUGAGGCCACGGUGUUGGCAAUUAGGUUGGGGUUUGAGGAUGAGAAGUGGUGUGAGUAGCAGGGCGGAUUGGUGGGACUAUGUUGGCUGGGGGGGGAGUUGGGGGUGCCUGGUGAUAAAAAAGGUGUUUAUGUAAGGGCUUUCAGAAAUGGUGCGGUGGUGCAAGAAGUCGAGGGGGCGGUAUAGGCACUUGGACGCUGCAGGUAAGGCAGAGUUUGAAAUUAGCCAGGUGGCUUUUCUACCACUUGCAACCAAGGGAAGAGGCCUAGGCACCAGGAUGGCACCUGACACCUCUACCAAUCUAGAAGUGCAUGCCUUGGGAUCAUUGGAUCUGGUCUGUUUUCAUAUAUUAAUACCCCAUCCUGUAGAAUUCUAUCAGUUAUAUUUUAUCUGUGCGAUAGGAAUGAAUUUCUGGAACCAAAAUGCUUUUUCUGUGCAGCCUGAGCAGGAGCAGUCACCAUUAAGAAAAAGAGGUUGGAAUAGGACAAUAUAUGUGUGGACUGUCCCUGGAUCAAGUGGCUUUUCUUUAAGUUCUCAAAGCUCUUAACCCAACUCAAGGUUGUCAUCUGAACUAGCCAGAUGUUUAACUGAGAAUCAAUCACAGUCAGUCCAUCAUUGAAAAAUAAGACUUUAGAGCCGUCUUGCCCCACAAUGUUUUGGCGACUGUAACCCUGGUUUAAGGAGCCAUUUGGUGCCUAGCUUAUAUAUCUGAGCUUCUAACGCUGGGAGGACAUGGUUUGUCCACACUCCAGUAUGUGUGAGGAUUCUAUACUGAGGGAAGCAGUUUAUAACAUGAAAGGAACCUUAGUUCUUGUUUAGGACCUAAAGGUAUACCGUAUUUUUUGCUCUAUAAGACUCACUUUUUCCUUCCUAAAAAGUAAGGGGAAAUGUGUGUGCGUCUUAUGGAGCGAAGGCAGGCUGUGCAGCUAUCCCAGAAGCCAGAAGAGCAAGAGGGAUUGCCGCUUUCAAUGCACAGCGAUCCCUCUUGCUCUUCUGGCUUCUGAGAUUCAGAAUAUUUUUUUUCUUGUUUUCCUCCUCCAAAAACUAGGUGCGUCUUGUGGUCUGGUGCGUCUUAUAGAGCGAAAAAUACGGUACAUAAUGUGUUGACCUGUCAAAAGUGGAGCUGCCAAAUGGUGCUCCUUUAAAUAGUGCUCUUUUCCUUUGGAUACUCAUGUCUGUCAUAAGGUUUGUGAUCCAUUAAGGGGAAUAGUCUGUACUUUUGUAUUUAUAUUGAUGAAAGCCAAAUACAUGCAACACAAAUGCUGUGCAUGUUUACCCAAAAGUCAGUCCCACCAUGUUCACUGAACUGAAGUCCUAGAUCUGUGUACAUUGGGUCGAUGCUUUGGGUUCCAAUCCAGAGUAAGCUUAUACUGUAUAAAACACUGUCCUAAUGAAGUUGCUGAGGCUCGUAUCUGAGUAAACAUGCUUAGAAUUGCACAACGUUUUAUUUAAAGGAACUUCUAAACAGCAAGUUGUAGUUAGUGAUGGGUUUCAGUAAGGCAUUUUGUAGCUAAAGUUGGAAAACUUAGACAAGUCACAAACAACAUUUUACAGUAUUAACAAAGUUGCUAAUAAUAUAUUUAUAUGCAAACUGCUAUUUGGAUAUGAGACUUCAGUCUGAGUAUGAAUAAUGGAUUUGGAAUUAGCAAAAAUAGGAAAGUCAAUUAAAGUGUGGGCCUAAAAUGUUAGUACUUUCCUCUAAAAAUAACUAUUUAAUGGAGUAAUGGUUAGAAUUCUGAAUUUCAAGCAGUUUUUCAGCAUUUGCCCAUAUCUAGCAAUCCAGUUUUCUUUCUGUAACAUGUUCUUUCCUCAGGCUUUCUUUAUCAGCUUCAGCAUUGUUCAUUCUUGUGUUGGAAACAUUCUUCAUUUUUAAAGUUUCUCCAUCUAUUUAUUGCAAUUUUUUUCAGGCAUUGUUACUCCUUGUGUUAGCAGUGUUACAUCAGCAUAGCAACGCACCACAGUUGGGACCAAAGGGAAAGAAAAGCAGAGUCAUUUAAAAAACAUUUCACAUUAGUCUUCUGGGUUCCCAGUUCUAUUACUGAAUGUUUUGAGUAAUAUUUGUGAAUUGUGUAUAUUCCUCAGUAGCUUUUUAGCUUUUUUUAAAUCAAGAAGCCCUGUUAUAAAUGUGAAAAUCCCAGUUUUCCUUUUCUUUAAAAAAACAAACCUAAAAUAAAUCUCCCUUGUCUUUGAAGAGGACAACCAUGAGGCUCUCAAAACUGUGGCUCUCAAAAUAAAACUCAGAAGAGAAUCAAACUGGGAGGCAAGUAAAGGAAACUCAAGGCUAGAAUCAUAAACAUCAUCUGGAAAUUUUGUUCUUCUGGUGUACAGUAUCCCUAUGACCUGAUCACCAUUAUGUAUAAAUUUCCUGGAAGGAAAUUGUGGAUUAUUUGUGCUAGUGUUCGAAACAUUUUAGAGACUAGUUUGCUUCAAAACAGUUUUCUUAAAAGCCUCCUCCUAACAACAAAUGGACACGGCAAGGGGAUGGAAUCCACAAUAUACUAAACACUGCUCUAAAAUCCCACAAACCCCCUCAACGUAGGCAAUAAACAAUGAGAGGAUGACAUAGGCUAUGAGGUUAACCCCACACAAUGUACUAGAAUGUGGUCUAAACUUCCCUUUAAAUCAAUGUUGGUUAAAAGAAAAAAACUCACCCUGAAACUCAGAUUGUACCUAACACCACCAAAAUGCUGGAGAAGCUGCACCUCCACGGUCACAUACCUUCACAUGUGAUGGGAAUGCCCCAAAAUCCAACUCUUCUGGACAUCAGUCAUACAAGAAAUGCUCAAAAUAACUAAGCAAGUAUUAGAAGUCACCCCAGAACUGGCCCUACCGAACAUCUUCCAAGACAAUAAUGCCCACUAACAUUAUAAAGAGCUCAUAACCCACCUACUCUCAGCAGCCAGAAGCCUCAGCCAGACACUGGAGAGACCAUUCAGGAAUAAACAUGGUCCAGUGCUAUCAAAUAAUACGGGAAACAGCCUUACUAGAAAAACUAACCAAUCAGCUGAAACUGACACAGGGACAAAUAGAAGAAGAUGCCUUCACCUCAGUAUGGUUCUCCUUUAUCACAUACAUAGCUCAACAAGACAACAGCAAGAGUCCACUGAUAGCCUACAAAUCAAUAUGGCUAACCUGAUCCAAAAAUCCACAUCCUCACACGCUCACGCACAUAAACAAAUCUCACUACAGCCAACCAAAAACAAUCAACCACACCCUAGGCCACCCCCAACCUCUCUCAUCACCAAGGAAAUAUAACAAGCGAAUAGUAAGAGCCUAUACAAGUGACGCAGACACAAAACCCCACAUAUGCACUCAAAAGAAGAAUAGAAGCAACCCCUCUCUAUCUCCACCACUCUUUUCUUCUCAGCCUAAUAUUGCAUGCAACACUGUCUCACAACAAAUGAAACUGAGAUGCAGAAAGGACAACUUGGAAAAAAAAGAGACAAUGCAAAUCUUUUUGUAAACUAAGAAAUCUUUAAUUUAAAAAAACAGUUUUCUUUAGAGGGCCAUUACUAGUGAUUUUUGUAGUGAUUGCUUAAUGUAAUAGUUUUUACUAAGGCAUAGCUGUACAGUGAGCUACACAAGAGAAGUCAAUUACUAAAGUCCUUGGGCUCUUUAGAAAUGUAUGACGUGGAACAGAAGAGAUAAUACCCAGAGCUGUAGUGGGAACACCAAAAACGUAAAGAGUUUUGAUACAACAAUCAAGUUUCCAGGUGGUAUUGUGACAUGAGGAGAAAGUGUGUUUUAAUUUUCUGUCAUUUUCUUCUUGGAGAGUUCUCGGCUGUAUUCCAUUUUCUUAUUGUUUUUUGCGGAUACUUUCAAGGAAAACAAACCGUUGACUCAUUAAGUUUCAGCAUUGGAAUUAAUUAUUACCUACAGACAUGUUUUGGAAGCUCUCAUACAGUUCGGAUUUCGCCUUCUAGCUGGCUUGGUUAAUAUUUUCAUAUCAUACUGAAGGCUCUUGCUGCCAUCCAAGCUAUUGCAUGACUUUAGAUAAAAUAUUUAGUUGAUUCCCCAGAACCAGAGGUAGGGGAAAUGGGACACACACACUGAGAUCAGUGUUAGAAACUCAGAUAUAUAAUCUAAUCUACAAAUGGCACCUUAAACCUAGGUUGCACUUGCCACAAUGGGAUAUCUAGGCACCUUUUAUGGUAUUUAUUAUUAUUAUUUAUUUCAUUUCUGUACCACUUUAUAUUUUAAAGAACAAAUCUCAAAGCAGUUUAUAACACAUUAAAAUAUCAAAUAAAACAAUCCAGAAUAAAACAAAUCCAAGCUUCAAGGAAAAUAUUUCAGAUCCUUCUUUAAGUGACAUUUUGCCUUCCCUAGUCUACAACCUGGCACCUAGAGAUCUCCACCUGGCUGCAAUUGAACCCAUGCUAGUCGCAAAAUGCACUUGGCUAAUUUCUAGCACUGACAGAGAUGGACUUGAAGCAGGCUUUUAUCCUUGGGAUAAAAUGUCCCAAAAGCUACCUGUGAAAGUGGUUAUACAUCAGUGUACGUAGCACCAUACCAAACUAUAGGUAAAACUAAACAGGCCUUAUUCCUUAGGGAACUUACUGUUUAAAAUAGACCAUGUUUAGAGCUUCAUGUGUAAAAAUGCAGUUGCCUGCAUUUCAAAGUUGGUUAUUUGAGGGGUAAUCCAAAAUGCCACAUAAAAGACUAGAUUAAAUAUUAAUUUACAUGAUACUUUUGCAUUUACAGAAUUGUGUUCAAAGUAAUUUGCAGUGCAUUAAAAUGUAGAUUUUGAGGAAAGACUUUGCGGGGGGAGAGAGAGCUGUCACCACUGUUCAAAGGGGGAAAAGUCGGUGGGAGUUAUGAUGGAGACCAAGAAACAUUUGGGCAGAUGAGGAUGGUGAAGUUGAGGGAGUAAAUUGUUUUUAGGGAAAUCCGGAAGCAUGCUAAUUCCAAUUGAUUACCUACAAAUAUAUAAUCUUAGCAAAAUGUUUAUGCUUAACUACACACAAACUAAUCAUCAUAAAAUAUUUCUGUUCAGUGUUUCCUGAGGAUACAGACGGGUGUUUGAGGAGUACAUGCAGGUUAUUAGCCAGCGGUACCCAGACAUCCGCAUUGAAGGGGAAAAUUAUCUCCCUCAGCCUCUUUAUAGGUAAGUUUAUUAUGAAUUAAAAUAUGACAGAAACAUGAGUUUAGACCUAUUAUUCCUCUUGUUAAUCUAAUUUGGUACCUAUGGCACGAGUUCAGUUUCAUGAGGCUAGCUAAACUAAUCAACCCACACUUGCAAACUAGUAAUGAUAGAUUGCUUUUGCUGUGGUUAGAAUGUUUACACUAAUGAUGAUGCAGAAGAGAGAGCAUAAAGAAGCAGUGAGUUUUUUGCAUUAUGGCAACCUGAAGAACUAAGAUCUCAGCCCAGAAUUGCAUUCAUUAAUUAGAAUACAGGCGACUCCCCAGUUACAUGGAGCUUAUGUUCCUGGGUACUGCACGUAUGCUUGAAAUCACAUAUAGUGGGGAACACACAUCUAAAAAGCCUGUAAACACCCUUUUAAACCUCUGGAAACCCUUGAAAAACCAGCACCACUUACCAGACUGGCAUGAAUGGUGGCAUUAGUGGCUCUCAGUCUUCCUCAUCACUGGAGGAUGAUGUGGAAACAAUGACAAGUUGGGUAGACUGGUACCCCAAGGUGCUUGGCUGUGGGUCAGAUUCUUUUGCUGCUAUCCAAAUUCCAACUGUCCGCAGGCCUCAAAGGGCAGUGCAAAGGCUCAUGGGACUGCUGUUUCCCUGCUUUUUCCACACCUUUUUGCAGUUUAAAUCGAAUUAUUUCUUUCCCAGCGCCAUGCACAAGUUGAGCGCACAUGCGGGGAGUUACAUGUAGUCUUGCAUUUUAAAUGCAACAUUUUCAAAUACGUAAUAUUGAUAAGAUGAAAUAUCACUAAAGUUACUGGAAUAGUGACAUGCAGCUGUGUAUGGCAUAAUCUUUGUCGUUUUUGAUAAGAUAAGUUUAGGAAUAGCCUUUGGCGACUAACAUAUCUCUUUCUUCUCCCAGACAUAUAGCAUCUUUCCUGUCAGUCUUCAAACUAGUGUUAAUAGGCUUCAUUAUUGUUGGCAAGGAUCCUUUUGCUUUCUUUGGCAUGCAAGCUCCAAGCGUUUGGCAGUGGGGCCAAGAAAAUAAGGUAAAGAGACUACUUUUUCUUUUACAACAUCACUUUUUUCAUGGAGUGGAGAUUGGUUUCCUGGUGUUCACACAACUAAAUGCUCCCACAAACAUGCACUUUGAUAAUAGCUUGAAGGGGAAAUUGCUUCAGAACACACCCACACACACACACACACACCCCGUUCGUACCUUGGUUAUUGAACGCCCUGGAACUCGUAUGUUUUGGCUCCCAAACGCUGCAAACCUGGAAGUGAUUGUUCUGGUUUGCGAGCGUUCUUUUGGAACCCGAACAUCUGACAGGGCUUCCGCAGCUCCUGAUUGGCCGCAUGAGCUUCCUGCAGCCAAUCAGAAGCCUCAAUUCAGUUUUGGGAGUUGAAUGGACUUCUGGAAUGGAUUCCAUUUGACUUCCAAGGUACGACUGUAUGUCUUUAAGAGGGCUGGAAAAAAUAACUUUCUACUGGUUAUAAUCAGCUUUUUGAGCUGCAAAUAAGAAUGUCACCAUUAGUUAUGGUUUCUUUGGUGGCUGGUGCAGAAGACCUAGAAGAGCAGAAAACAGCAGCACUACUUUUCAGAUGAGGCAAGGAUUCUGGUCUAAGUAGUAUCUUUAGUAUUAGAAAUUCUGAAAAAUAACUAAACUUAUGAAGUAAUGGGUUAAAUAUAUAACCACAUGAUCUUGGAUAAUUAAUCCAUGUACAAGAAGCUGCAAUCUUAAUAUGAGCUGAAACAUAAAUCUUUCACUAUGAGAUCUUUUUAUGCCCUGUUGCUGAAGAUUGCAUCAUUUUAUCCUUUGGGUAUAGCGCCAAAAGCACAUUUAACAUUCUGGAGUAAAGGGAACGAUGCCUCUAGGGUUUGAAACAGAAUAGUAAUAAGACAACUUAUGUAGAGCAUAUGUGUAUUUGCUUACUUGCUUUAUAAAAAGGGGUUUUAUUUUAGAAAUAAUAACCGUCCUGAUUUUAUUCUAGCAAUCAGUGUGUCAUACUGGUUAUCACUUGGUAUUUAUCUCACUUAAGUGUUAUAAAUGAACCCUCUGAAUUCAAGACAGGGAAGGAAAAUGAACAAAUUUUAAUUUAGAGUCACAAAGAAAGGAGAUUACUUUCACCAAAUAUUAGUAUCAGCUGAAUAUAGAGCUGAACUGAUAAAUAUGUUGCAUCAUUUAAAGACUAGCAUUUAGAUUAAUGUGUUUAAUUUUUAGGUCUAUGCUUGUAUGAUGGUUUUCUUCCUGAGCAGCAUGACUGAGAACAUUUGUAUGUCAACAGGUGCAUUUGAAAUAACUUUAAAUGGUGAGUUCUGAACAGCUUUUGUGUAUUCUUGUUAGCUUCAGAGGGAUUUUGUGUUAAUUGUACCCAUUGUUAAGUAUUUAUGAAGCUACCAGCUGCAUUUGGUUCAGAAGACCAAAAUAAAGGGUCUAUUUAAGAUGACCCUAUGUCAAAGUUGUGACUAAUGUGAGUGAUCCCUAAACUUUCACGAAUAACUAAAGCUAUAGUAUUAACAGUUCUUAAGUAAUGUGCCAUUUAAAAGACCUCUCCAGUGUAAGUUGAUUGAACAUUGACAGAGUAAUCUGUCAAGAAAGAACUUUGCACACAAAUUCUUCAUGCAAACCUUGUAAACAGAAGUAUAUAUAUAUUUUUUAAUCUAGUUUCUUCAGAAGCUUGGUAAUACUUAGUUGCAUAUACAAAAGGUAUUUGUGGGAUGGAGACGGGAGUGAGAGUGAACCUAUACUGUAUUCAGAAGCUUGUAUCAGUUGUUUUUCUCUGGAUAUCCUGGCAAGCAUAAAAUAAGAGCAGCAACUGGCAGUUCCUACACUGUACAAAAAGUAGUUUAAUAUGCUAAUCAUGUUCUUUACCUCCUACACUUCUUAUUUAGAUGUUCCAGUGUGGUCUAAGCUACAGUCUGGGCACCUUCCUUCCAUGCAACAACUUGUUCAAAUCCUCGAUAAUGAAAUGAAACUCAACGUGCACAUGGAGCAAAUGCCACACCAUAGAUCAUAGCCCCAUCCAUCAGUACUGAAAACUUCUUGUAAGUUUGUUUUGAAGAUUACUCAGCUAGGUAUUUGAUUUGCAAGAUAAAAUGGUAAUAAAUAAUCCUUGUAUUUAAUCACUGGCCUGAUAGCUUUUGGCUGACAAGGGAUUUUAUGCAGGCAAGUAAGUGGGCUGGUGGAUCAGGGACAGAUAAUUCCAUCCCUAUUUUCCAGACUGUUGUUUUUCUGUGCUGGCUGUGGAGGAAGGAGCUUCUCUUCCUUUGGAAAAAAAGACUAUUGGCCUCUUUGAAGGCUAGCAAAAAAAUAUCGCAACUAACUUUCAUGCAAUUAAUGUUUCAUACACAUGUUCCACCUAGGCUUAACAUGGAACUUCUGGAACUUGGUGACUGUCAGUGUUAGCUCUUUCCUUUGCUAGAUAACUUCUACACAUGUUGUCUCAUGUAGUACUAGCCUGGUGGCAUGCAUAUUAAAUAUCAAUUCAUUAUUUCUGUUUGCUGAGCUUCUAGUGUGGUGUUGUUCUAACUGAAUAUAGUAGGUUUUCCAUGGCGACAUUGGAUAUAGAAUGGCUUUGGGUAUAUUUAUUUGAUCUAUUUUUGUAGCACAACCUGCUAUGUUUUUGCUAUGUUUUUCAGACAUUAAGCGACACUUUCAAAAGACAACAUGAACGAAAUAAAUGACGGCCUGUACUGAAGACAGAAUACUUGUUGGUACAGACUGGAUGCUCUCCUCGUUUUCAUGUUGUUCCUGAAUACCUUAAUGCAAGACCCCUUUCGGUGCUGGUAUAUUUCAAAGUACUGCACAUUCAAGGAGUGCAAUAAUACUAUAUAGUUGUUUUUUUUAAAGUUAAUUCAACCACUCUAGAGCUAGACAAUGCAGACAUUAACCGAUAACAGUGUUUUGGGUUGGAUCCAUAGCUAAUUGCACUUAGUUCCAAUUGAAAUCAAUGUAGUAUAAGUGCAUCUAACUUAGGGCUAGACCAGCUAAGUUCUACUUGAACUAGACCCACUAAAAUUAACAGAACAGUUCAUUAUUUACUGGGUCUGCUCCAAGUAUGACCAAUGUUGGAUACAACCCAAAGCCUAGAUCCAACACUUUUAUUUUCAUUUCUAAGAAGAUGACAAAAUGCUUUAAUAACCUUAUUUUUUUCAUUGGAAAAGUCUGAUCUACUGUGUGUGAAAUUUAUGUUCCAUUUGUAGUUAAAAUUGAUCUCUUACGAGUACUGGUUAUCCUUUAAACUGGUCUGGAUAAAAAUUGGUGGCUGUCAAAUAUUGCAGAUUUGGUUAUGUAAGUUUUGUAUAUUUUCAGAGUAUAUUGCUGAGUGAAUGGUGCAUUGUAUAAUAAAUUAUAGAAACAAAACUAUAUGCAGAGUAAGUACCUAAGUGUCAUGACUUCAAAGAAGACCAAGUGCUGUUCGAAUUCCCUCAGCAAUUUUGAAGUCUGUUUCUGGGCCACUCUUAAAUGAUCAAAUAGCUUGGCCUUUAUUCUGUCCUAAAUAUGAGCUAAGCAAACUAAUUUAAAUAAAGAAAUUUCAUCUACUGUGUGAAA